CGGCCGGUGGUGCGUUCACUGUGUGCUUACGUCCUCGUAAAAGCGGAAGCUCGGCUCGGCCUGUGUUGUCAGCUGAUUGGGGGCUUUGCGUUAGCAGAGCAGCGAAGACGAACAGCUCUGCUGCUGCGGGCUCCGGAUCUUUACCCCACGGUGGAAGCAACGCGCGGAAAUGCCUGAUCGGACAUGAGACGCCACCGGAGGGGAAGAAGUGGGCCGCCAGCAGUACAGCAGCAACAGAAGGCCUCCAUCUGUACAAAGAGAAGCACUCCUUACCAGAGGAAAGCAGGAGGUGUUAGCAUUUUUUUUUUUGUAUUUUUGCGUCCAACGCCUGGAUGCCCUCGCGGCCUCAUCUGCACUGCUGCUGUCGCUGGACGCUGUAACCAUGACAACAGGGAGGUGUUUCCACCUGCCCGGCUCUCUCUGUGACUGUGCCAACGCCACAGGCCUGUGGAAGGGCGUGGAGGACGGUGGUGCCGACGGGUGCCAGGCGCACUAUGUGACCCAGGUCACAGCCAUAGAUGGUCGAUUGCUGUCCUCUGUGCUCAAGCCAGUCAGUGUGCAAAGCGAUGGCUCCAUGUGUCGUAUUUGCCAUGAGGGAGGCAGCAGUGAAGAUCUGCUGUCGCCGUGCGAUUGCACAGGAACGCAGGGCGCCGUGCACAAGAGCUGCUUGGAGAAGUGGCUGUCGUCUUCCAACACCAGCUACUGUGAGCUUUGCCACACGGAGUUCUGCAUCGAGCGCCAGCAGCGGCCUCUCACAGAGUGGCUGCAGGAGCCCGGUCCUCGUAACGAGAAGAGGACGCUGUUCUGGGACAUGGUGUGUUUCCUGUUUAUCACGCCCCUUGCCGCCAUCUCCGGCUGGCUGUGCUUGAGGGGCGCUCAGGACCAUCUCCAGCUGGGGAAAUGGCUGCAGGCCACUGGUCUCAUUGCUCUCACCAUUGCUCUCUUUACCAUUUAUAUCCUCUGGACUCUGGUGUCAUUCCGCUACCACUGUCAGCUGUACUCUGAGUGGAGGAAAACAAAUCAGAGAGUAUGUCUUCUCAUUCCUGAAGCCAAGGAGGCAAACUUUUCCCAGCAUUCUUUGCUCUCGAACGAACUACUGAAAAAGUCCAGCACUGAAAACAUCUUGCUGCCCGUCGGUAAAUCUUGUGAGUUUGAGAGCUGCCCUCAUGCUGGGCGUUGACCACAAAUAUGCAAAAGGCGCUUGAAACAUCGCCUUAGCAUGGCGGACAGAUGUGUCCCGCCAUCCUCUCCUUGUUAUGCACUCUGGGAGGAGGCUUGACCCUCAGCAGGUUUACGGGAACGGCUGCUGCAGAACGCAGAGACUGGCCAGCAAAAAACACUGUGGACGCGACAGGUCUGCACAGGACAUGAAGAGCUGUGUGCCGACACGCAACCUUUUCAAAUGCAAACUGCACUUUCGGUGACACCGGGGACUGUUAUUUCAACUGGAAUUUCUAUUAUAAGACAGAUUUCCGUGAGUCGUCAUGAAGGUUUUUGUACAAAACAGCAGUUUAAAAGGUGAAGAACGUGGAGACAAAGUACUUGUGAAGGAACAUUUCUUGCGAUGUGUAUUUUUGCCUGCAAAACGGAGUCAUUUUUAGCUUUUCAAUUGGAAUUUUGCUGAGGUUUUGUUUACAUUCCCAUGUUUGUGGCUUCCUCACAGAAGCCGACCUAAAUUCUAAGUUAAACCCCCGAUAUGUCAUUGAUACUGAGCGGACUCGGGUCUGAGGAAGGACCGGUUCCUUCUGUCUAGCUCGUUGCAGCUUCUGCUCAGUCAGAUGAAGUCAUUGGUUCAUUAUUUUACAAAGUUCAGCGGUUGAGACGGUGAAUGGAGUUUUAAUCUGUGGAGAUUUAACUACUGUUAAAUGAACAAACUGGACCGGGAAAACAAAAGUUUGAAAGACUAUCAGAUGAAUAACCCUGCAUUGCUUUGCAAGUCUGCGUUUUGGACAAAUGCAUAAGGAAUGAAGGUGCUUGCAUUUAAUUGAGCCUUCAGAUGCUCGUUCAUUUUAUUGCUUGUUUUUUUUUCUUAUGACGAUUUUGUCAUAACUUUAACUUCUUUUUGUGAACACAUGUCUGUAAAACGUGUAAAUACUCAUGAUGCACGGAUCUAAAACCUUUAGAUUUGAAUUCUGAGUUGAACAUAGCUUUAAACAACUCAAACUUACGCAAAAAGUUGGUUUAAAUUUGGUUAAUAAAAACUCUUGGUUGUUUUUUUGUUUUUGUCAUUUUAGUUUCAAACAGACAUAAUAAAUGUUAGGGGAGCGUCGUUUUGAGAGGAGGAUGUAUUAUGGUGCAGAAACUAAACACCAGCAGAUGGUGAUAUUUUUGCUCCAGUGUGGUUGUUGACGGAUCAACAUUAUCAGAGGAUCUGUCGGCGCUGAGGCGCUGUCCUCUCGUUUACAUGACUCGUGUCCUCCGUCUGUCUGGCUGGUGCACCGGCUCGGACGUUACACAAGCAUUUGUUUGUGUUUUUUGACUGAUCUCUGAACGGGAUUAUAUGCAGCCAGCUGAGUGCUCUUCCUGCCGCCGUCAUUUGCAUCGUGUUUGCUGGUCGGCGGGCGGGGUGGGCGGGCAAGGCGAAGCUGUUUUCAGUUAUUUUUCAUUAUGCCAUCUUUUUUUGUUUCGUUUUUUUGUCCGUCGAAUAGAAUUUGCACAAAAUGUUCAAACCACUUUUAAAGAAAAAUGUAAGCAUCAUCUCCAGCUUUUAAAAUCCAAAAAGAUUGAGAAUGGUUUGCUAUUGAAAUGAAAACAUGCAUGCACCAUGCAGCACUUUUUCUCUUCUCUUUCUGAUGUUGCCUUUCUGUAGAGGAAGGGGCGUUGAUGCUAUCAGUUAAAGUAGCUGUUGCUUCUUUUGUUUUGUUUUUAACCCUGAUAACAUGUUUUGAAAAAAAAAUGUUUUGACCAGAACUCUGUGUUUGCAAAGCCAAUAAAUGCUUUUGGAUUCCA